AUGACCUUUCCCUCCAACCCAGACGCGGAUCCGGAUCCGUCCUCCCAGAUCGCCUGGCCCGCACGUCACGGAAAGCCGUCGCGCAAUGGCUCUGGGACACAAGCGCAGAGGGUUGGUGUGGAGGAACGCACAACGCGGAGCAAUGGCAAGCCUGUAGCGUCGGGGACGGCGGUGGAGACGGAUAGCGCGGGCGGAAAGAAGAGGAUGUCGACGCUCGACCUCAUCUACCUCAGUCUCGCGAUGGGUGGGUCACAAGUUGCGUGGACGGUUGAGCUCGGAUACGGCACUCCGUUCCUGCUUGAGCUUGGCCUCACUGAACAACUUACAAGCCUCGUGUGGCUUGCCGGCCCUAUAAGUGGGCUGGUAGCUCAACCUGUGAUCGGUGCCAUCUCGGACGCGUCUACGUCCAAAUACCGGCGUCGGUUUUGGAUCGUGACUUCCACGGCUGUGCUUGUCAUCUCCACCCUCACCAUUGCAUACUGCCGAGAGAUUGCUUCUUUCUUUGUGAAUGACGUAUUUGGCGGCGGCGGCGGUAGCUGGGAUCCGGAGAAUAAGCAACGGGUACACGAUACAGCAAUUGGUUUUGCCAUCGUUUCGUUCUAUCUCCUUGACUUUGCAUUGAACGCUCUGCAAGCAUCCCUUCGGAAUCUCCUUCUCGAUGUCACGCCGCCCGGACAGCUCAAUGCGGCAAAUGCAUGGCACAGCAAGAUGUUGAACGCGGGAAACAUCGUUGGCUAUGGCUUGGGUUUCCUGCCGUUGGCCAAUCUGCCGAUCCUUCGGCUUCUUGGAGGAAGUCAAUUCCGCAAAUUCUGCGUUGUAUGCAUGAUAAUUCUUUCAGCUACUGUCUGGGUUACAUGCUGGACCCAACAAGAACCCAUUCGGAAGAAGCGUCAAAUUGAGAAGAGGAGUAGCAUGCGAGACAUCGUGAAGAACAUCUGGAACACAGUCUGGAGUCUUCCGCUACCCAUUCAGCGCGUAUGCAUCGUCCAGCUGUUCGCUUUCAUGGGCUGGUUCCCGUUCCUCUUUUACUCGACGACAUACGUAUGCCAAAUUCUGGCGUACGAGCUUGGUGAAGAGCCGGAUCAUGAUCGCGCUUCGCGAACGGGCGCACUAGCCAUGCUCAUCUACAGCUUUGUUGCCGUUGCCGCCGGUUCUCUCCUUCCAUACCUCACCCGGCGUGAUGCCGCGCUUCUCGCGCACGCCGGGGACGAGGAUGAGGACGCCGAGCUCCGCCGCCUGCGUGCCAAGUGCGCGAAUGGCGCGCCGAGGCCGCCGCGCACGGCAAGCCGCUCGGCUGCCGUUUAUGCCGUUCUUCCUGCGCAACAUCUGGACGGCCGCAUGAUCCUCUUCACCGGGCUCACGCUCGCCACGUUCUUCGUGACCCGCGUCUGGCAAGCGGUCGUCCUCGUCAGCCUCGUCGGCAUCUGCUGGGCGGUCGCGUGCUGGGCGCCGUUCGCGAUCAUCAUGGAGCGAGGCCGGGGCCGCCGCCGAACGCGGCGGGAGGCUGCGCGACGGUGGUCCCGGCGGCCGAGUCACGGGCGGACGCUGUCCACGCCGGGCGAGAGGCGGGGCAGCCGCACGGUGAACGCGGAGGUGGCGCAGGGAGAGCGCGCGCCGCUGCUGAGAAGACGAAGGAGCUUUGGUGAGCACGACGCGGAAGAGGCGGUCGUGACGGAGGCGGCGGGUGGAGGGACGGUCCUGGGUAUCCACAACUUGGCGAUCGUGAUGCCGCAGUUUGUCGUCGCAAUUGCAUCUAGCCUGAUUUUCCGCGCCGUUGAUGGCGAGGCGGAGAGCGGACCGCACGGUGGCGGCGGCACGUUCUACGGCAAGAAUGGUGUGGCGUGGGUGCUCAGGUUUGGUGGUAUCUGCACCUUGUUUGGCGCGAUGCUGGCGCAGAGAGUGCCCCCGACUCGCACUGAGAAGGAGAUGCGUCGCCGCCUCGCGGAGCUCAAGGUCCUCCAGGAGGAAAGCACUGUCUAA